AUGAAGUCCAUGACGACACUUAUAGCCGGUUUGCUAUUCACAAGCGCAACGGCUUUCCGUCCUAACCAGCCAUUCACUGGCCAUCUCGAGAGAGGUCUAGAGCAUCGCUCUUUAGACCGUCGACAAGAGACCGGGAAGAAAAGCCUCGAAAGAGUACCGUUGGAAGUCGACUCGAGGAAUAACGGAAAAACCGAACUCCAAUGGCUGGCAACCAUCACGGUCGGCACCCCUCCUCAGACGUUCAAAGUAGUCUUGGACACUGGAUCAACCGCUCUUAUUCUCCCUCGUAGCAACUGCACCAACUGCGGUAAACACUCAUUUUUUGACCCAUCCAAAUCCACCUCAUUUUCGCCCCAACCUGCACUUUUUCAACCCAUCGAGUACGGCACUGGUGCAGACACUGUCCCGCUCAACCAAACCGGCCGGGCAGAAUGUGAAGUCGUCACCGACACCGUCUCGAUACAGGGUCUUUCUGCCCCCAAACAGGAGUUCAUGCUUUGCCAUAGUUACGGCGAGGCCCUGUCCUCCCAACUCGCCGACGGAAUCCUCGGCAUUGGUUUCAAUGACAUCUCGGCUUGGGAUGAAAACGGUAACUUUACCUAUCUUCCCCUUCUCCCCAACCUCGUCAGUGAGGGACAGCUCCCAAACAGAAUCGUUGGCCUUGCCCUCGGGUCUGGUGGUAAGAAACACCAACAGCGCGGCCCCGAAGCCUCCAUCGGGGGCGCCGACUGUGCGCGCUAUCGCGGCCGCAUCAAGAACGUCAACGUCGAUGAAACGCUCACCGCUCUCUCGGGUACGUUCAUAGUAGACGUAAAAGCUGCCUACAUUGGCUCUGGAAAUAACAAGCAAGUAUGGCGCAACUCAACCAACGACAACAAGCCACUCACGCCGGGGGCCUCCCUCAUCGACUCGGGGACCGCUUACAUGUUGACUCCUGACCGACAAACUGCUGAGGAUCUCUACUUAGACAUCUCCAAAGGCAUCGUCCCCCUCGAUGAUAGGGGAUCGUGGGGUGCCAGUUGUGCUACGCUGGAUAAGGUGGCGACGGACAUUACGUUCACUAUUGGGACGGAAACCGGAGGCGAGCUGGUUGAAGUGACUAUGCCAAAGAGUGCGUUCAACUUGGGUGAGUAUCCUGGCAAGAAGGGAGUUGUGUCAGGCGGCAUUUUCUCACUCGGAUCCUCCCUUUUAUGA